CAGGGACGUGUCUGUGCUCCUGCGUGUGACCAGGGCUGACUAAACUCUGCCAGGAUGUCUUGCCAGCAAAACCAGCAGCAGUGCCAGCCCCCUCCCAAGUGUCCUCCCAAGUGUACCCCAAAAUGUCCACCUAAGUGUCCCCCCAAAUGUCCACCCCAGUGCCCAGCUCCAUGUUCCCUUGCAGUCUCUUCCUGCUGUGGUCCCAGCUCUGGGGGCUGCUGUGGUCCCAGCUCUGGGGGUUGCUGCAGUUCUGGGAGUGGUGGCUGCUGCGUGAGCCACCACAGGCCCCGUCUCUUCCACCGGCGCCGGCACCAGAGCCCAGAUUGCUGUGAGAGUGAACCUUCUGGGGGCUCUGGCUGCUGCCACAGCUCUGGGGGCUGCUGCUGACCUGGUCUUCAGAGGAGCUCUUGGGACUGAAUUGUCAAGAACCUGCUACAACCUGAUGCUUAACUCUUUCCAUUUCCUCUCAUUCCAUUCAUGGGUGGACAGGGGCCACCAAGACUCAUGGGGCUUCCCUGGAAGAACUUUGCACUUGAUGGAGCACCUCAAUUGCAGGUCUUCUUUUCCUCCUUUACCUCAUGCUAUAAUAAAGCUCUGAUUUCUGACUCACAAA